GUCAAAGUACGAAAGAUGGUUUUCAAUUGGGUUUAGUGUACAUUACGGAAGGCACUCAUUUGCAAUCUUUCCAUUUACAAUUACUGCAAUAAAGUAAUUCCGUCCACAUAAUAAACCUUUUUAAAACAAUUUAAUUUUUUUCGAAAAAAAUACAAAAUGGAAGUGUCGGAGGAUGUCGAUAAUUUCACAGUGCCCAGCAUAUACCAGCAUCCAACCAUGACCGAAUAUUACACACAUCUCACACCCUUCAUAACGCUUUCGAUUUUCAUUUCGUCAUUGCUCUUAAUUUUGAAUAUUGCCAUUUUUUGUACGACGGUCGCGAAACUACGUCAGCGUCUGACUAAGCCACUGCUGCAUCUAUCGAUUACGAUGUGUUCCCUAUAUCCGAUUGUGUCCGUAGCUGCUGUAGUAACAAUACUCGUGCCAAAGGCGUGGCUCAUCUGUCACACCGUCAUGCAUUUAUCUUUCACUGUGGGCGCACUAGUUUUUCAGCGCUUAUGCUUCCGCUAUGUUGACAAUGAAGUGAACUAUGUUAAGGAAACAGAUGGAGCUGCUGUAGCUAUCAAUACGCCACCGUGUUGCUGCUGUUGCAUGUGCUUACCGGCUGUGAUACCAACGAAAGCGAAACUCUGCAUUCUGCGCUACAUGGUCUGGCAAAUGCCUUUUGUGCAAGGAAGUAUUAUGCUCGUAUUGAAUGGCAUCUACUAUAAGGAACGGGAACUAUACACAAAUGUUGCAAUCUAUUUCAUACCAUUCAUUAUAUGCUCGAUAUUGAUUGGGCUUUGGGCGCUCAACAUCACAGUGCGAAUGGUGAACAGCGUUCAUGCUGAAUAUGGUUUAAUGAAGAAAAUGUUUUCUCUGCAGCUGAUUUUGAUGCUGGGUAAACUACAGUAUUUAAUUUUGCAUAGCCAAUUGGAUGGCGUUAUUAUGGGUGGACCUUACCCCAUCAACCAUACAGUAUACAAACAAACAAUAAUAAAUCUCUUGAUUUUGGCAGAAAUGGUGCUCGUGUCUCUGUUAGCACAAAGCGCUUACAAAAUUCCAGUGCAAAUCGCUACGAAAGUUAAUGAUACUUAAAUGCUUUAAUUUGAUAGUAUUUAAUAGUUUAAUUUCUUAAACAUGUGAUAUUGUUUUAUAAACAAAUAAA